AUGUCGACCGCGGGCGUCGAGAACCAACCGCCAGAAGUGCCAGCAUGGCGCGAAAACCUCAAUACUCAUCUCAUCUGUCCCGAUUGCAAGCAGGUGCCUCCUGAUUUGAUUGAAGAAAAUGCCGAUACCAUUUGUGCCAAUUGUGGAAUGGUCCUUGCUGAGCGCUUGGUCAGCUACGAGUCCGAGUGGCGUACCUUCAACUCUGACGAAGGCAAGGGCGAGGAUCCCAACCGUGUCGGUGAAGCUGACAAUGAGUUAUUCCUCACCAACAAUGCCGGCACGAUGAUUGGUGGCGGCGGACCUAACGUAUCGAAGGAGACACGGAAGCUCAAGAAGGCGCAGGCCUUGCAACAGGAGAACAAGGCGGACAAGGCUCUACAGACCGCCUAUGCCCAAAUCGAGGCUUGGGGCGAGAAGGCCAAGCUCACGGCUACCAUCAAGACUACCGCAAAAAUGUACUUCAAGCGGGUCUACGAAGCGAAUGCCCUCCGUGGUAAGCAGACAGAGGUCAUUCUUGCUGGAUGCCUCUUCAUUGCGUGUCGUCAACAUCAGGCGCCGCGGUCCUUCAGUGAGAUCUUCGGUUUGACAUCAGUCCCCAAGAAGGAGAUCGGACGAGCAUACAAAAACCUGGAGAAGUUCCUCACCAAGUCGUCCAAUGAGAGUAUCCAGGCCAUUGAGGAAAGCGGCGGGAUUGCGAAUCGUAAUCUGCUGGGUUUCAAGAGCACCCAGUCAACCAAGCCUGAAGACCUCUGUGAUCGGUAUUGCAAUAUGGUCGGUCUGCCUUUUCGAGUGUCGACUAUUGCACGAGAGCUUGCUCAGAAGAUACCUACUAUUGAAGGUUUGGCUGGGCGCAGUCCGUUAUCCAAUGCUGCUGCAUGCACCUAUUUUGCUAGUCACUUGCUGGGGUUUGGGAAAUCCACGAAACAAAUCAGCGAAGUUGCUGGUGUGAGUGAUGCCACUAUUAAGCACGCCUACAGAUAUCUUCUUCAGGCAAAGGACUCCUUGGUUGAGCCCAGCUGGCUUGGUGAGCAAGGAAACGCCGGCGGGUUCGGCGACCUGAAGAAUCUCCCUGGUGCUUGA